UAUUAUAGCUUAAUACAAUAUAUUAUUAUUAUAAUAUGUGUACACGACGGCGACUACAACAAUAGGAAAAACGCGAGCGCGCGGAACCGCGUUCACCAGACCGCCGCGUUUGUGCCUAUAUACCUAUGGCAGUGUGCACUGUGCCUACAAGAGCAAGUAGUGUAUGUAAUAUUAUUAUUAUUAUUAUUAUCAUUAUUGUUAUAAGAGUUUUCACCGGAAUAAAAGUCGACGCUGCACACGGUCACAACACAACCUAUGGCGCUAAAGAUAUGGACAUUUCUGUUAGUAAUGUCGUUGCCGGCUGCUGAGCAUGGACGCAGUUUCGGUUCAUUGGCGGCUGUAGUAUUGGGCAAUAUCGAUUACCACCAAAUCCAACAAAAACUGUUCAGUCCCAACGGUAUCGGUGACGGUAAAAUAAUUGUGCCUGCAGUGCCGCCGACACUGUGGUGGACUGGCCAUCGGGUGGACAAGCGCGCCGCCCCUAAGAUAACCAACAAGAACCCGUUCGCGGCGGCGGCCGCGUCUUCGUUAACACCGUCAGCCGACGGCCGGUGCAUGGCCCGCGUGCAGUCCGCGCUUGGUGACAUGAUGUCCUCAGCGACGAGCACCAAAAACGGGAACCGACGUCACACCGCCGUCCCGCAGCCGCCGUCCGGUUUCAUGGAUCUGUCUGGUUACGCGCUACACCAACGAUUGAGGACCGCGCCCGGCGCCGAAAUGUACGUGACCGGGAUGCGCGCCAAAGUGAUGCCACCGCGCGACGCCGCCGCCGCGGAAUCGUCACCGAACGGCGGCGACACCGGUGGCUUCGGUGGCGACCGCUCGUGGGCUCGAGUGGACGGGUGUCGGUAUGAUCCGCUGGGCAACACACUCGAGGCACGCAUGCGGUUCGGCCGCACGUUGAUGGUGUCGGGCUCGGUGAGGCUAUUGUACGGAGGUGGUGGAGGCGGCAGUGGAGUCGGUGAAACCGGAUGUGACAUGACGCUACGUCUCCGCCCCCGGGCUGGUUUGGGAUUCACGGCCGCACCGCUCACAGUGCCGGAAAAAUCGCCGCCCAACCGUCUGACAGCCAUGCCAACGAUGACCAUUCGAACCACGGCCACGUUCAUCGACCCCGAGCCCGCCGACGACCCAGCGGCCGCGUAUGUCAGCGUGCACUCUUAUAAUUGCGUGGGUGGUGCGGCGGGAUUCCCCGGCAACAGGGAACGGCCGGUUGCGACAGCCGCUUCUUCCGACCGUUACGAACAGUAUUUGUCGUCCGAAUUGGGCGGCGGUGUCAGCGACGAACUGCUGCUGUCGGCCGGCGGGGACGCUGACGUGGAUGUGGAUGACGGCGGCGCGGAGUCUGGCGGUUCCAGCGACGAACGUAGCGGUCGACGCCCAUCGCCGCCGCCGCCGUCGUCGUCGUCAGCGUCUGACGAAACCGCACCCGCCGAAAGCCCCUCCGUUACCGACAACUUCCCUUUCGUCUCGGCCGGCUUCGUCAACCCGCCGGCACCCAGCCCGGAACCCAGGCUCCGCCGGAUACAGUACCAUAACAAACUACCCCAACACCCGCUGUUGACCAUCGCCACUGGUCCUGCCGCCACCAACAGUGCGCAUCACCAGCAGGCACAGGACCAACUCCUCAUGGAAAUGGAAGACGUGUUCGUCCGCGGAGUUCGGUCACUGUUGGCCAAACACAUGGAGCGCACCCUGAAACCCGUCUUGAAGGAUUCACUAAUGGCCAACAUGGGUUACACAGUGUCGUACGGUUGACGUGUUAUUAAUGUGACAUUACAAUAUCUAUAUUACAUAUUAUAUAUAUAUAUAUAUAUAUAUAUGUAUA